GGCGGAGCCUGCUGAGACCAGGAAGAAGUGAGCAGUGGCUGCAGAAUGGCAGCUCGCUACUGGGACAAACUGCAGGAUCUGAGCCAGAAAUACAAGGACUAUGUCAUUCAGAACCCCACAGGGGCCACCCAGCUGGAGAGUGCUGUGCGUAUGCUCUCCUACCUCAUAGCAGGCCGGUUUGCUGAUUCCCACGAGCUCUCUGAACUUGUGUAUUCAGCCUCCAACUUGCUUGCUUUGCUCAAUGAUGGGAUCCUGAGGAAGGAGUUGCUGGCCCCCCCACCUACUGAAGGUUCUAGACGUCGCCUCCUUACUUGGCUGGGGGUCCUGGAAAGCCUAGAGGUUUUCAUUGAGAUUGGGGCUGCCCGGGCAUGGGGGGAGAGGACGAGGUGGGCAGCCAUCCUCAUUAUCCAGCUUCUGAAGGCUUGCCUACGGAUUGUACUGCUGUUCUGGUACAGAGCUGGAAUACAGAGCUCCCCCCCAGUGACCCCACUGGAUAGAGAGGGAAUCCUUAAUCAGGCAGAAGACAACAGCAAUAGUGGCAGUUCCUGUUUUGUGGGGAGGAGAUCAAGCCGAGCCGUGCGUUCCCUGGAUGACUCCACUUCCAGCCACAGACGCUUCUGGCGGAGCCCCCAGAUCCAUGAUGGAAAGCAGCGGAACACUGGGGAGACUGAGAGCGACAAAGAUGGCUCCGAGCUGGGAACACUGGGCACCUUGGCAGAGGCGAUUCAUAUCCUGCGCCCUAUCACACACCUGCUUAGCCUGGCCACGUGGGGUCAGAAGUCUUGGAAGCCAUGGAUGGUGGCAGCUGCUCUGGAUAUUACCAGUAUAUCUCUGCUUAGCGACGUCCGCAACUUGAGCCGCAGAGAGCGAGCAGAACUCAGACGGCGAAUGUUCCUCCUACUGUAUUACCUGCUGCGCUCCCCCUUCUACAACCAUUACACUGAGACGCGUCUCCUCUUGCUGCUUCGCCUGCUGGGAGACUAUGUACCGGGCGUGGGGCUGGUGGCACGCCCACUCAUGGACUACCUACCUGUCUGGCAGAAGAUCUAUUUCUAUAACUGGGGCUGAAAGCAGUCUGAAUGGACAACGGACAGAUAUCGAUUACAUAACAUAAGUGGGUACAUUCAGCCAGCGACACAGAAGCACAGAUUUCACUCCACCCUGAGCCUCCAGAUUUGAUUCGGACCCAGCGUUCUUAUUAAGGCUGAGUCUAACCCACCUCAACGUGACUGGAACCUCAGUGGAUUUGUAACUGUUGGGUCUAAUGAACAGAACUGCACCUCUGUGUCAGUUUAACCCACGCUGAGCUGCACUACGGAGUAACCAUAUACUCCAAUGUACACUGUAAUACAAGCUACACACGCAACUAUCAGUGGCCCCCAAUACGGUUAUUCAUCAUCGCUUUAGUCCUGUUUCUAAUGGCAACCAAUUGCCUGUUUGCAUUCACUAGUUCAUUCUGAUUGGUUGAUAAAAAGUUACAGCCUUGGGAUGGAAUCUACCUACAAAUCUGCAUAGUUUUUUAGCCAGGAAUGUGUAGCUGAGACCAAUAAACAGUUUCUAUU